CCGGCCGCUCCUUGCUGUCUUUUUGCUUCUUUGGCCGUCUCCCUUGCCUGUUUUUGACUUCUUGUUUCUCGCCGUAUUUUAGUGUCGCCCGGAUGUAUUCCGAAGCGCCUUUUUUUUUUCCCUCUCGUUUCACUGUACAGUACGGAGUAUCUUUGCAACCCAGCAAGAUUGGAACUAAGGCUCGCGUACUCAUAGUGGCACAGAUCCAGCUCUCCUCGCAGCAGCGCGGAGGAUUGCAUCCCGAGCAGAGAUACAGUGCCCCUGUCGCCGCCCACGGCCGGUACCAGCAGGCAGUAUUCCCGCCUGUACCAGUAUAUCGCAGAGGCAAGGCGGCAGCCGGCCAUAAGGGUGCCCAGCGAGUGCGGUGGUACUUGUACCACGCAGCUUGUCCACAUGGCAUGCUCCGAGCGUCUCAGACACGGUGCAGCGUCCAGCGAGGCUGGCUAGCCCAAACACAGUGCCGUCCAACGGCCGUCCUAGCGCUCAACCCUGGCCUCUGCUCGCUCACCCGCACCCGCAUCCACCCUCACUCCCACACCCCGCGUGAGACAUGCCGCCCAGGCCGCCCAGCUCGAAUCAUACCUGGAUUAUGGAGCCUCUCGGUCUGCAAAAGUGGGUGUGCGGCCAAGCACCAGUUGCCAGCUCCAGUACAGCCAGCGUCAGGCACUGGUACCGCGACAGGGCACGCGCUGCGGCGGCGAGGUUGCGGGUAUUGGUACUGGUACGCAGUGCCGACCCGGGCGCCGCCAGCCCAAGCGCUGUCCGUGCGCGGUCGCAUCCGUACCAGCGGCGUUAUCGGUACUUACCGUCGGACAGCUAAAGGGUCCGUGGCCAAAGUACGCGCUACGUCUGGAGUACGACGCGGCGCCUAAUCGGAUGCCGUACCUGCAAGGCUGCGCCCCACCUGUCUUGUAACGUGUACCAGCAAUCCU